AUGCAAAUCAGGGCAGAAAUUAGAAAUAUCUUAUUAAUAGGAAGCGCUGGCAAAGGAAAGUCCACUUUAGCAAACGUUUUAACUGGAACUAAUGAAUUUGAAGAAAGCACAAAUCGCAUUCAUGGAACUACCGAAUCAAAAUCUGAAGAAUUUGAAUAUGAAGGAAUAAAUUAUCGUGUUAUUGAUACAGUAGGAAUUGGUGACUCUACCAUGUCAAAAGGAGAAAUAUUAAGUAAAUUAGAAGAUAAAGCUGAUAUUAUUAGUGAAGGUUUAAAUCAAAUAUUAUUUGUGACUAAUGGCCGUUUUACUCAGGAGGAAAUUGAAGCUUUCAAUUUACUUAGAAAAGCUAUUUUUGAUGAUCAUGUAACAGAUUACACUACUAUUGUUUGUACUAACUUUCCUGAUUUCGAAGAUCAUGAAGCUUGUGAAAGAGAUCGUAAAAUAUUUCGUGAGGAAACUGAGAAAUUUUCCAAGAAGCUUGCUCGUACAGUGGUUAUUUACGUAGAUAAUCCACCAGCCAGAGGCCGUUAUCAAUCAUUUUCAAAAGAAUCGCGAGAAGAAUCUCGCAAAAAAUUAUUAACGCAUUUAAAUACUUGUCAAGAAAUUUACCGACCUGAACUACUUUCUAAAUUUAGCAAAAUGAUUGAUGAAUUCAACUCAAUAAUAAGCGAUACUAAAGAAGCAAUUAGUAACAUUGAAUCACAUUUAAAUAAUAGUAUUAAUUAUUUAAGAGAGAUCAUAAUCGGACGGGAAAAAAUAAUUGAAAUUAUUGUAAAAUGUAAAGAAGAGGUAAAAGGGCAAAUGAAACAACGAUCUGUGAUUAAUACUGUAGGUAAUAGUUUGGUACUAGGUGGUAAAGUUUUUGUAAUUUCAGGAAUAUGGUUUCCUCCUGGUUUGGUGGCAGGAGCUAUUAUAGCAGUUAUUGGUUCGACAGUUGGUGCAGUUUCUGAUUCUAAUGCAAUUAUGAAGGAAAAUGAAGCAUAUCAAAUAUUUGAAAAAUACUUUUCUGAUGACAAAGAAAAUGGUAAAACAUUAGAAAAUUCACUAAUGAAGUUAAAGGAGGCUGUUGAAAGAUUCAAAGAAAUUCAUUCACACUUCGAAAACUCAGAAUACAAAGAGCAGAAUAUAGAUAGAAAAAAAAUCGAAAUAAUCAAGGAUGUUUCGAAAAAAAUUUUGGGAGAAGAAAUUAAUACUGAUAUGCGUUUAGAAGUAGAUGAAAAAAUUGAACAUUCUACUGGCAAAAAGACGUUGAGAGCCGCUGCAGAGUUUUUUGGCAAGCUUAUGCUUCCUCCUUUACCUCCUUAUUUUAUUUAUCGAGAUCAUAAAGAAAUUGAAAACCGUACGUCCUUGCAAGAUAUGGAAAAGGCAAUUAAAAAUUGGAUAGGUGAAUUGAUAGCUUUAAAAGAAAAAGAACUAUUGUUAAGCACAGAAUAUGAAAAAACUAGUUGGUGUAAAGAGUACUGUAAAUUAUUGAGCGAAACGUAA